AGUGCGAUGAGUCUUCUGCGGUCCUGCCUCCUGGUGGCUGCUGUAGGUAUUGUAGGCACAACGACACCUCAUCCUAGAACUUCCUCUCUGCAUCGUCUUACCAGGCAGCUCUUACAGCAGUAUCACAAGGAUGUCAGACCAGUUUACAACUGGGCUGAGGCUACCACGGUCUACCUAGACCUUUGUGUCCAUGCUGUAUUGGAUGUGGACGUACAGAAUCAAAAAUUAAAGACAAGCAUGUGGUACCGAGAGGUUUGGAAUGAUGAGUUUUUGUCCUGGAACUCUAGCCUGUUUGAUGAGAUUCAAGAAAUAUCUCUCCCUCUCAGUGCCAUCUGGGCCCCUGAUAUCAUCAUUAAUGAGUUCGUGGACCUCGAAAGAUCUCCCGACCUUCCCUAUGUGUAUGUGAACUCUUCUGGAACCAUUAGUAACCACAAGCCCAUCCAAGUGGUCUCUGCAUGCAGUUUGCAGACAUACGCUUUUCCAUUUGAUAUCCAGAACUGCAGUCUCACCUUCAACAGCAUUCUGCACACAGUGGAAGACAUAGAUCUGGGCUUCCUGAGGAGUAGAGAAGACAUCGAGAAUGACAAAAGGUCAUUUCUGAAUGACACUGAGUGGCAACUUCUUUCAGUGUCCUCCACAUACCACAUCCUGCGGAGCAGCACUGGAAACAUCGCUCAGAUUCAGUUUAAUGUGGUGAUUCGCAGACGCCCAUUGGCCUAUGUUGUGAGCCUCUUGAUUCCUAGCAUCUUUCUGAUGCUUGUGGACCUGGGGAGCUUCUACCUGCCCCCCAACUGCCGUGCAAGAAUUGUAUUCAAGACCAAUGUGUUGGUGGGCUACACAGUCUUCAGGGUCAACAUGUCUGACGAGGUGCCGAGGAGUGCAGGAUGCACGUCUCUGAUUGGGGUCUUCUUUACCGUCUGCAUGGCCCUCUUGGUUCUCAGCUUAUCCAAGUCCAUCUUGUUGAUCAAAUUCCUCUACGAGGAGCGGCACAGUGGGCGAGACAGGCCUUUCCUUUGCCUUGGAGGAGACUCUGAUGCCAAUGAGUCUAGAUUGUAUCCUAGGGUUCCGAGUGCUGAGACAACAGGGUCCCCGGUCCAUGAGGAGCACCAGGUUCAGCCAGAUAGCCUGAAGGAAGCUUGGCUCCAGCUCCAGUCCAUCAACAGCUCUCUCCGAACCCGGGAUCAGGUUCACCAGAAGGAGGUGGAGUGGCUGGCCAUCCUGUACCACUUUGAUCAGCUGCUCUUUCGAAUCUACCUUGCUGUACUGGGGCUCUAUACUGUCACCUUGUGCACUCUCUGGGCACUAUGGAGCAGAGUGUGACCAUGGAGACUGCCGGUCUCACUUGAUAGGGGUCACAACACUUAGGGAAAGCUGAACAGUGUUUGGAGAGGGAUUGAAGGGGAAAGAAUGAGUAGGCUUAAAAAAUGUCUCCCAAACUCCAUUGUCACAUUUUAAUGACUAGAGUAGUAUCUUAUUGGUUAUUGACCGAACCAGUAAACAUAAAUGCUCAUAAUAAAGAUAUUUAAAUAGAAUAGAAUAUACAGUAAUGAGCAAGCUUUAGCUUUCCCUGAGCCAUCAGUAGCAACUAUAUAUACUUAGGCUUAAGCAAAAAAGUUUGGUUUUAGAUUUUUGGAGCAGGGUCUCUUGUAGUCUAGGCUAAGCUUGAAUACUAGGCAGCCAAAGAUGACCUUGAACCCUUGAUACUCCUGCCUCUACCUUCCAAGUGCUGAGAUUGUAUGUACUGUGCCACCAUGCCCAGCUCCAUUUGAUGUAUCCUGCUUUAACAAUCUAUAUGUCAACUUGGCCUUGAGCCCUGCUCAAAACAACUUAAUUCCUCCAGGAUCAUCAAUCUGUCUCCUCAAUUCUGUCUUUGGUCUCAUGUUACCUUAUAUCCUUCUACCUUUAAAUAUUUGACAGCCUCUUUAAUGCCUGGUUCUAUUACAGUUUACCCAGGAGACCUUAAAUUUCACUUCUCAGACUUCAGUCUGCCUUAUUUAAAGUAGGGACUGUUAAUAAUUACUCUCUCCAUAUCGUAGAAUUAUGAGAGCAAAAUAACAACAUUUUGAAAAAUAAAUAAUAGAUGACAAAAAUAAA